AUAUUAGGUAAAAUAAUUCUAGUUUCAUUUUAUAAACUUCAGAGCAAUUAAUCUAAGUGUAUCCGACAUAUAAAAAAAUUCUAAUGUCAUGCAAUUUUCACGUCAAGAAGUCUCACAUAGCAGACAAUAGGGCUAUUUAUAAAUGUCUCCUUAUACUAAACGAAACUACAUAAAAAACAAUAAAAGUGAAAAUUAUUAUUUGAUUAUUGUACAAAAGGGAAACUUAUUAUACAAAAAUUAUACAAUUGUAAAAAGAAAACAUUCUGUUCCAAAAUUUUAGAAACAUACUUAUUUGGCCUAAAAAUGCAGAUUAAAAACAGUUGCACCAUUUUAAUAAAUUGUAAAAAAACAAAAAACUUCAAGAUAUUAACCAAACAAGUCUUGUACAACUUUUAGGUUUCACUUUUGGUCCUUAACCCAUAGCUACAAAAACAUAAUUUCGUUUCACUUUACUGGAGAAUAAAUUAAAUAAUUAUAAAUUUGCUUAUUUCACUCUCGAGCAGGGAUUAGAAAAUACAGGUGGUGUUUCAAACUGUGAAAUGAACAACAGCAAGUUAAAUGUGCUUGUGUAUAUUUGCUUAUGCUUGUUUUUUUUAAAUACAUUCUUGCAGCAAAAAAUUCGAGUUCAGAGAUAUGAAGGACCAGACACAUUUACAGGAUUGGAAUGCAAUAAAAGUAGAUAUUCUUACAAAGAUGAAGAUAAUGGAGGUUGCAAAUGUUUUCAUACCCAACCAACCUUCAGUUCAUAUGGAAAACAUCAAAUAGGAUGCUAUGAUAAAUCUAUUCGAAAGAACCCAGAUAUUAAGCAUGAGUUUAUAACUGUAAACAAUGUAACAACGCAGAUCAAAACUAAUUUAUGUGAAUUAAACAAAAUUGAAAAAAUCUUUGUCUGGAAUGUGACUCAUAACGUUGGUAGAUGGGAUGAAUAUGCAGAAAUGAAAGAUGCUGUAAAAACAAAUGCAAUAAACAUUACCAUCACAAAAAGAAAGAAAUGGGAUGGACUGCUUGUUCAUUUUUUGUAUUCUUGUAAAACAAAUAUUUCAACUGAUAUCACAUAUUAUAACACUGGAAGUUGUUUAGUGAAAUUCACUGGAAAUAUAGAAUAUCUUUUACCAAGUGAGCUUUUUGGGUUACAUUCAAUAUCAACUAGCAAACCAACACAAACUUUCUUAACAUCAUCAUCAACAACAAAGCUUACACAAACAACACAAAAAAACGCAACAAUACUAGGAACAGUGACUGCAACAAAAACAAUAUCAAAAACAGCAACAGCAGCAGCAACAACAGAAACAACAACAAAAACAACAACAACGACAAAAACAACGACAACAGCAACAGCAAAAACAACAACACCAGCAAUAACAACAACAACAACAACAACAGAAAAACAAGCACAUAACAAGUUAACAACAACAACAAACACAACAACAGUGGUAAAAGACAAAAGAAAUGAUGAUGACAAACAAAAUAUUGGAAUCAUUGUUGGGAUAAUAGUUGUUGUGAUACUAAUACUAGUUGCUUUGGUCUUCUGUUUUAUUUGGAGACAAAAGAGAACGACAUUUGUAGAUGACACCAAGGAACCACUGCAUGCCCAAUAUAUUCCAAGUAAAACAUGUGGCCAAAAUCUUGAUAUGAAUAUUCUUCAUCUUACACCAAAAGAAGACAACAUAACAUUUUCACCACAAAAGAUUAAGACAGAUUAUGACAGCCCUAAGAAAGCAGUUGUUACUGAUGAGUAUACACAGGCAGAAAAACAAAAGGAAACAAGUGAAAACGACACAAAAACAAACCAAAAUGAAGAUCCUGAUUAUUACAGCACAGCUGCAUGUGCAAUACCAAUCGUCACUGAUGAAUACGCGCAAGUACAUAAACAUCAUGAUGAAUCAAAGAAUAAGUAUCAACAACCAAGUGACAACAACGCAUUAACAAACCAAAAUGAAGAUCCUGAUUAUUACAGCACAGCUGCAUGUGCAAUACCAAUCGUAACUGAUGAAUACGCACAAGUGCAAAAACAUAAUGACGAAUCAAUGAAUGACUAUCAACAACCAAGUGAGAAUGACACAACAACAAACCAAAAUGAAGAUCCUGAUUAUUACAGCACAGCUGCCUGUGCAAUACCAAUCGUUACGGAUGAAUACGCACAAGUGCAUAAACAUAAUGAUGAAUCAAUGAAUGACUAUCAACAACCAAGUGAGAAUGACACAACAACAAACCAAAAUGAAGAUCCUGAUUAUUACAGCACAGCUACAUGUGCAAUACCAAUCGUCACUGAUGAAUACGCACAAGUGCAAAAACAUAAUGACGAAUCAAUGAAUGACUAUCAACAACCAAGUGAGAAUGACACAACAACAAACCAAAAUGAAGAUCCUGAUUAUUACAGCACAGCUGCAUGUGCAAUACCAAUCGUCACUGAUGAAUACGCACAAGUGCAAAAACAUAAUGCCGAAUCAAUGAAUGACUAUCAACAACCAAGUGAGAAUGACACAACAACAAACCAAAAUGAAGAUCCUAAUUAUUACAGCACAGCUGCAUGUGCAAUACCAAUCGUAACUGAUGAAUACGCACAAGUGCAAAAACAUAAUGACGAAUCAAUGAAUGACUAUCAACAACCAAGUGAGAAUGACACAACAACAAACCAAAAUGAAGAUCCUAAUUAUUACAGCACAGCUGCAAGUGCAAUACCAAUCGUUACGGAUGAAUACAGGAAAGUAAAAGCAAAAUAAAAAUAUAAACACAAACUAAC